AUGAGAUUUACUCAGGAACCCGAGGACGCGGAGAAGCAGGGUGAGAUCACCAAGGAUGAGACUGUCAGAUUCAAGUCAUAUUUGUUGAGUCUUGGAAUUGAUGAUCCAGUUACAAGGGACAAUUUCCGCAGUGAAACGCAGUUCCACAAGAGUUUAGCCAAGCAGCUUGCAGACUUUCUAAAACAACCUGUUGAGGAGGUGGGAGGCAUGAUGUCACUGGCAGACGUGUAUUGUCGGGUCAACAGAGCGCGAGGUCUGGAGCUAUUGUCACCAGAAGAUCUACUGACCGCGUGUCACACCAUGGCUGGGCUCGGACUGCCGCUGCGGCUACACAAGUUUGAUAGCGGAGUCAUGGUGUUGCAGCUGUCCUCUCAAAACAGUGAGGCUGUCGUAGCGGCCACCGAGCAGUCAAUCCGAGACUUGGGCUCCAUCAGUGCUGAACAACUUGCUCAAGAACUCGGAAUCUCUGUUGUUUUGGCCAAAGAAAGACUUCUGGCUACUGAGAAAGCUGGCAAAGCCUGCAGAGACGAUACCAUAGAAGGCCUUCGCUUCUACCCUAACCUUUUUCUUGAAAAGGUUUAAUCUAGUUUAAUAGUCAAUUUAUUUGUAAAAUUUUUUUAUUACAAUAAAGCAGUCUUUCUUUUGUUUUUAUAGUUUUCUUCAUCUUUUUGUACUGGAGUAAAAAAUUAAUUAAAUCUUGACGGUUGUUUGGUAAAUUAACCACUCUUCAAACUACUUUACAAUUAUUUAUUCUCUGCUUGUAACUCCUAUCUUAACCCUCCAACUGGCAAUGGACAAACUCUGUAGUGGCAAUGCAUUUUUGGCAAUUUUGCAGUCAUAUUUUCGAAAAGUCAUAUAAACUAAACCAACAGAGCAAAACUAUUGAACCGUAUACUUGAAUUGAUCGCAAUGAAAUGAAGAAUUUGAAAAUGGCAAAAGAAUAAAUAUUUAGAACAGUAAAUAUUGACAUUAGGUAUAAAAAAUUAGAACUUUGAAAGUAAACUUUGCUGCAUGAACCAAAAAUUUUUCAUGUAAAAUUCAAGAUAUACAAAAUGUUUGGAAUUCAUUUACCUACAUGGAAAUGUAAAAAAUUGCAAUUACCAUUUAUUUUUACAAAGUUAUGACCCAAAAACAAUAAAAUGGUAAGUUUCACAAUUUUGCAAACAAAAACAAAAUAAAUGUGUUAUCAAGACAUGUAGUAAAAGUAGACAUUUUUGUAAAGGCAAUAGCAUGGGAGAUCAAAUGAAGUAAGAGUUGUUCAUGGAAAAUUAUCAUUACAAUAAA